AAAUCGUAAGUUCGUUCUUAAAUAUCCCUUUAGCACCGUUUCCCUGCGGAGACGACUCCUCUUCUUCCUGAUAGCUUUUGAAUAAUUUCACCAGCUGCCAUGGCUGGAAUCAGAGGAGUGCUUUUGUUGUCUAUAUUCGCCGUGGUUGUUGCCGGAGUUCUUUCGUAUGAACGUCCUCCACCACGCAAGAACCUUUUCAUUCCUCGCCGGAGAUUACUCUCCUCUUCUCCCGAACAGCAGGUCCACAUUUCUUUGGUUGGUGUUAACAAAAUGAGGGUAUCUUGGAUUACUGAUGGUGAUGCUCCUUCAACUGUUGAAUAUGGCACUUCUCCACGGAAAUAUAAGUUUUCGGCCACCGGAACUACCACCUCAUACCGGUACCUUCUUUACAAGUCCGGCCAGAUCCAUGAUGUUAUCAUUGGUCCGUUGAAACCAAGCACCGUCUACUACUACCGUUGUAGCCAAGAUUCAUCUCGUGAAUUCAACUUCAAAACCCCACCAUCUCAAUUCCCAAUCAAAUUUGCAGUCGUAGGCGAUUUGGGUCAAACGGAAUGGACAAAUUCGACUCUCCAACACAUUGGACAAUCAAACUACGAUUUAAUGCUAUUACCAGGGGACUUAUCCUAUGCCGAUUUUUGGCAACCUCUAUGGGAUUCAUUCGGCCGCAUCAUAGAGCCGCUGGCCAGCCAACGGCCCUGGAUGGUGACGGAAGGCAACCAUGAGAUCGAAAAAAUCCCCUUGCUUCACAGCACGCCCUUCACCGCCUACAAUGCAAGGUGGCGGAUGCCAUUUGAAGAAAGCAGCUCCACUUCCAACCUAUACUACUCCUUUGAAGUAGCCGGCGUUCACGUUAUCAUGUUGGGAUCCUACACGGAUUUUGAUCCUAACUCCGAUCAAUACAAGUGGCUGCUGUCUGAUCUGGCUAAGAUUGACCGGAAGAGAACUCCGUGGAUUGUGGGGAACAUCCACGCGCCAUGGUACAAUUCCAAUACUGCUCAUCAAGGGGAAAGCGAAUCGGAUGACAUGAAGAAGUUCAUGGAAGAAUUGCUUUAUAAGGCUCGCGUGGACAUCGUCUUUGCAGGGCAUGUUCAUGCUUAUGAACGAUUUACUCGUGUUUACAAAGGAAAGGAAGAUAAUUGUGGCCCGAUUCACAUUACGGUGGGGGGCGGUGGCAAUCGUGAAGGCUUGGCGAUGAAUUACAUUGAUCCGAAACCCGAGAUAUCGCUGUUCAGAGAGGCAAGCUUUGGGCACGGGCAGUUGGAGGUGGUGAAUAAAACGCAUGCGCUGUUUACAUGGCAUAGGAACCAGGACGGUGUGGCGGUUGUCUCGGACAGUGUCUGGUUGAAAAGCCUCUCGUCAGACCAUGCUUGUAAAGUGUGAAGUCUCUAGACCCAAUUCUAAAGCUACACAUUGUCGGAAUUUCAUUACCACACGCGCACAUGGGGAACGAAUAAAAUCAUCAAGAAAGA